CUCCAUGGUGAAGAUGGUCAGCCAUGGAAAACAUAUUGCAAUAAUAGUCGAACAGCUUAACAAAUUUAAUCCUGAAAAUCAGAGCAUGGAGGAUUUCUUGAAUGAAUCGUCUAAAGUGUUGCAGACGCUUAAUGUGACAGAUGAAAAUUUUGUGAUGGAAACACUAGCUGGAUGCAUAGAAUAUAAACCCCUAUUAGAUGUAGUAGUCAAUGCCUUCUAUGUUCGGGAUGGGAAACAUUGCCUGUUUUCUGAGCGUAAUCUCUAUGUGGUUAUUUGUUAUCUGGCCACUUUUCAACUAGAAGAGCUUGGUCUUCAGCACUUCAGCAGAAUUGUGAAAUCUUUGGAUACUGCAAAAAUGCAUAAGUUUCUUAGAUUCUUCUUCAAUACCUUGAAUUUGAACACAUGGAUAAAAGAUGAAUGGAGUCAUUUCUAUGAUUCUCUUUAUGUAAAAGAGAACUGGAUCGACUCGUUGCUAAGAUGGCAGCCAAAAGUACAGCAAGUGAUUGAACAGCUCACAGAUAAAUUAAAUAAUUGUACUACCAUUGCCAAGACUUCAAUGGUCACUCAGCCAAAGGAAUUUAAUUUGACUGUACCUAAACCUCGUGCCAUUCCUAUGCCUCUGCCAAUACCAGCACUGGAAAAAAGUCAGCCCGUUCCUCGAAGUACCUACAAAACCCCAAAGGAAAAAAAGCUGCUAGAGGAAAUCAAAAUACAAAAUCGCCGAAAAGCAGAAGUAAGUGUAUUAUAUUCUUAUUCUAGUCUUUCUUUGUUCCAAACUCCUUUACUAACUAUCGUAUAUACAUUCCCUUUCCAACAGAUUGACAAUAUACCUAUUAAAUUAAAUGCAGCAGCUAUUUUAAGAGAGGGUGCCCUCUAUCAGCGGAAAAUGGAACAGGAGCUCAAGAGAGUUGAAAAUCUGCUACGAGGUGCCAGAGACCCAUCUGAAUUCUUGGAGUGGCAAAAACAGAUGCGUGGAAAAGAUAUGGAAGAGCAGUUGGCUGAAAUAGAGUGCAAGAGGCUUCAAGGGAAACUAAGUCAUGAAGAGGCAGUUCUAGCCCAUCAGAAUGUAAUUCAAGAAAAUAAGAAGAAAGCUGAUCUAAUGAGAGAAGAGAAAGCAGAGCUAAUGCACCAGUAUGCAGAGAAACGUCUACAGGAGCAGAAAGAAAUGAGAGAGCUGGUGGAGCAGGUUGUGGAAGGACACAAGAAUGCAAAGCAAGCAAAACUAAAGCUCCAGAAAUACAAACAGCAAAUAGUUCAGGAAGUUUGUGAGGAAAAUCGAGAACUUCUUCGACAAGCGUUAGAAGAAGAGGAGGAGAAGCUUAAGAAAAGAUAUGAAUUGAUUCAACAAAUACGAGCUAUUGAAUCUUUACCAAGCCUCAAAAACAAGUUUGUUGAUUUAACUGAGACUGGUGGCCAUGGUUUAAUUUGUGAAAUGUCAAUAGUGGAACUGCGUGAACGCCUCGCUCUACUCAGAGAAACACAGAAGGCAGCAGAGGAAGAGAAGAGAGACCAGAUAAUUCAAGACAAACAAGCUAAGGAACAACUUCUUCUAGACAAACUAGACCAGAUUUCCCUGUUCAGAGCAGAACUUGGACGAGCAGCUGCUUUAAAGCAAGAAGACAAGAAAAGAAAGUCCCAGUCUGGUGAAAGGCCUGUGAAAGAUGAACGCGUUUUAAACCUGCAGCAAAAGAUUGUGGAAAAAACAAUGGAGCGUAAAAAGCAAGCAGAACUCCUAAAGAUUACUCCCCAGAAAACCAGCAUGACAUCAGCCAAGGGUUCUUUGCACCAGGACCAUUGGAAAGAACUGGAAGAGAGUCGGGAAAGGCGGUUCAAGAUCCUUCAACAUGGCUUCAUGGCCAGAGAAACAGCUCAGAAAAUGGCUGCAUACGAGGCAGCAAAAAGUGGAGCCACAGUUUGUAUACUGAGAUCUGAAAAUCAAGAGCUGUACAAAACUGAACCCUUGCAACUGAGGCUUCUGGGGCAGAAUGACAAGUAUCUGGCUGUGAAGAUCACUUCCACAAUCCGCAAUGCUGUCAAAACCUGCUGUAUUGGUCCAGGAGAGCAAAGCAGGAGUCAUGCAGUAGCUUAA